UAACGGUCACAAACAAAAUGGCGUAACGUAACGUUACUCCCUCCGUCUUUCACUCCGACUUUCUCUCCCGUUCAGAAGCUCAGGAACAGGUAACGUUUAUCGGUUCAACUAGAUGGAAAACAAACAGAAGCAAGACAAAUAAAACGAACGGCAAAUUCCGCUUCAUCCAGUGUGUGUUGUUUUUAAGACUUCGGUGUGGACUGACGAUGCUGAAGAUAUCGAUUUUGAAGGUGGAGAACCCGUCCUGCAUUUGGGGUCGGGCUGUUUGGGGGUGUGGCGGUGAUGCUAAUACAGCAGAGCAGUAUGACAACCUGCUUGUUCAGAUGAACCUCUUCUACCACGACUUCACCCAGGACCAUCGCAAUCUGAAGCCCACGUCGUUAGAGGAGGGACAGGUGUGUGUGGUGUACUGGUCAGUGAUGAAGUCGUGGUGUCGGGCUGUGGUGGAGUCGGUCAUUAUGGACUCCAGGUCCUGUCACGCUCGCUGCUUGCUGGUCGACCACGGAGAACGACUCGUUGUCCCCUCAGAACAGAUCCGAGUCGCUGUGCAAAAAUUCCUCAAGCUGCCCUUCUGGGUGAGGAGGUUCCACCUGGCGAGAAUCAAACCAACAACCCUGCGUGUGUCUGUCCACGAGGAGAAGGCAGUGCUCAUUCCAUCCUCUCAGUGGGACAGCUCUGCUACACUCUACCUGCACAACCUCCUUAAAGUGUCGACCCAGACGGAGGUUGUGUUGCUUGAAUCCGAGUCACGCUCCACCGCUAUUGAGCUUUAUCUGACCGUGGGAAACAUCAAGAUCUGUGUGAAUGACGAUUUGGUGGCCAAGAAGUUUGCAUAUUUCAUCAGAGAGUCAGCUGACAGUGGCUGGCUCGACGAGGUCGACCGAUUUCCCAUCACGGUGUCCUCCAACAUCUUAAACCAGACCGUCUGCACGACCUCAAAUAAGCCAACAGCACAAAUCCAACCACCUCCUGUGAUGUCACAAGGUCUGGCUGCAGCCGGAACUGGUGAUUGGCUGAUGGCUGCCCCUACACCUGAGAGCCAACAACCCGAGCUGAAGACCUGUGAGGAAGGAUGCAGGUCAAAGGUCACAGAAGAACAACUGUCUCCAGGCAGCCGAUCAAAGAAUGGCUCAGACUCUGCUGCUGCUGCUGCAGAGAGUGAAUCGUCAGAGGACACAGACUCGUCUCUGGCUGCAGAUCUGGCCAAUAACCUCAGUCUGUUCAGGCUCCUGAAGUUUCUGAAUCCUGGCAGCCGCUACCAGCAGGCGGCUCCAUGCGUCAGUCAGCAUGAAGAGCUAAAAGACCGUCACCCUGGAGAGACAACUGCAGCCUUCAGCACCUGCACAGGACAGGAAGUAUGUAUCCCAUCAUACAACAGUGAAUCUGUAACGCCGCACAGGGACCCUUUGCACAGUAUGAGUGGCAGAAGUGGAGCUGAAGGUCUUCGUGAGAACGGUCAGGUUGAAUAUCUGGCAGAUGAAGAAACAAGCAGUUCGAGUAGAUCAGUCGAUUCGGGACCAACCGAGAAGACGUGGAGGAGUGAAGAGGACUGGCUCUGUUCACGCCUUCUGGAGUGGUUGAACCCGGAGCCUCUGAACGCUGAUCCAGAUGCUGCAGACAACGUGGUUGUUCCCCGGGACCCCAGGAAGACUGGGAUUCUGGUGCACUCUGUCCUCCCAGUGGAUCCCUGCACCAGCCUGGAUGAUGCUCCCAUCACGGAUUCUCUCUGCUGGGUGUUGCGGAGGAAGCAGUACAGCGCUCUGUCUCCAGUUGACGGUUACAGCUGGCCAGCUGUGGCUCGAGGAUGCAGCACUUUGAUCGUCUCCCAUGACGCUGACCAGCCGCGCAGCUACCUCCCCCCGCUCCUCACCCACAUCCUGCUCAACUCCAUCUUCAUCUCUUCAACCAGCGCAGGGCCCAUAGCUGUGCUGCUGUGUCCAGGCUGGGAGAAGGUCCAGGCGGUGUAUGACCAGCUGGAGGAGCUCAAGGUCAACACAACCCUGCACCCUCUCAUCGUGCUCCUAGGUGUCGGCAAAGACGAAGCGAAGGCCGUCAGGAUCCCCAAAAACUGCCUGUUGAUGGUUUCCACUCCGUUCAGCUUCAUCCGUAUGCUGUCCAGCCAUCGCUUCCUGUUCCUGCGUCUGCACCACCUGGUGCUGGACGAGGCUGACCAGCUGUUCGCUCUCGCUCCAGACGAGAUGGGGACCAUCUUGCAGCAUUUCCACAAGGUGACCUCCACCCAGAACGGUUCCAGUCCUAAGCAGCUCGUCGCUGUGGCGAAAAGAUGGACCGGUCAUAUGGAGGGUUUGUUAGCCAAUCACAUGCUAUACCCCUGCAUUGUCAUCACUCUGCCUGAGGAAGCCGCUCUCUAUGGCAACGUUCAACAGAUCACCCUCAUGACACUGGAGACCAGUAAGAUCAACGUACUGUUGGGUGCACUGGAUUUCAAACCCGACGUCGGCCAGAAGACGCUGAUCGUAGCCAGCUCCGCUCAGGAAGUUGAAGACGUGUUCAAGGUCAUGAGCACCAAAUCAGGCUUCUGGCUCAAGACCCACGAGGGGUUAACGCACGAGUUUGACUUUGUCAUCCAGCAGUGGAGGAAAGACAUCGGCCGCGGCACUCAUGUUCUUCUGGUGACCACCAACGAGUGUCUGCAGUGUCUGGGAAUCACAGACGCGAACUGCGUCGUCCACUACGACUUCCCCACUUCGCCCAAAAUAUUCGGCAGCCGACUGUUCUGCAUGGCCGACAACUUUAGAAACCUUUCAGCGCGAAAAUCCCUCCUGGAUCACAUGGGGAGCUGCCCUCAUCCCGCCAGGUCUGUGCUGCUGAUAUCGGAGAGGAACACCUGCCAUGUAAUUGGGCUUCUGCGAUACCUGGUGCGAACCAAGUCCCCGUUGCCCCCUGAGCUGCUGUCCUUUGCCGAGGGCAUCCACGUGGCCCGGGAGGAGCAGAAGAUAGACAGGCCUCUGUGCAGCUACCUGAAGAGUUUCGGAGUCUGCAGAUACCGCAGCGUGUGUCCUGAGCGUCACAGACUGCUUUCCCGCCUGGAUCAGUCUGUGCUUCCUGCGUCCGGAGUCGUAGAGACGGCGUCGAUGUUCUACGGACGGAUUGUCAAGAAGGAGGACGGAGGUUUCACGAGCAUGGCGUCUGAAAUGACGUCUUACUUUGCCGACAAGAAACCUGGAGCCAAGGAGCUGCUGGAGGGAGGCCUGUACGCCGUGCAGGAGGAUGACGUCUUCCACAGGGUGAAGAUCCUGUCUGUCCCAGACAGAGGUGACCGGCUGUUUUUCAGCGUAUAUGUUCGGUUUAUUGACGUGGGAAAGGAGGAGGAGGUCAAGUCCCAUCAGAUCCUCCAGCUCCCAGAGCAGUUUCACUCUCUGCCCGGCCAGGCCGUGGAGAUCGUCGUCUGCAGGGUCAAACCAGUCGACGGAGAGAUUGACUGGCACCCCAAGGUCACCAGAGCGAUCAGCCAGAAGAUCCGAGGUCUGCAGCACCGAGCCAGAGCAGUUUUCAGUCUGGGAAACACCAUUUUUGUUGAUCCCAUGGUCCGUGUGACCCAGUUGCCAGGCGUGAAAACUGUGAUCAAUGAAUACAAGGUACAUUCAGAGAUCCUGAACACUAGGAUGGGAGUCAGCAACCCGGAGCAUCUGGACCUGCUGAGGGCGCUCCACCAGGAGACCAAAUCCGGCAGCGGUGAGGAGGCGGGUCACAUUUCUAGGGCGGCCGAUGGUCCGGUGUCUCUGGAGGUCAGGAUCAAAGCUGAGGAGGACGUUCUGGCUCAAGUCUUGAGGUCAGCAGAGGACAGCGGACUCGCUGACCUUCCUCCCCUCGAACCAUGUGAGCCACUUGGUCCAGUAUCUUUAGUGAUCCGGUCCCCGGUCCCAUCACCACCAGCAGCUGAACCCCACCUGCAUCCAGUGUGUGAUCAGAAAUCCCUUCCGGCCAUUCGAGCAGCGAUUGGACAGGAAGACGCCCACGCUGCUGAUCCGAAGUCAGCUCAGCAGAUGAUGAGGAACAGAGAUGGAGGAGAACUUCCCACCCCCUGUGAAAAUGGUGACGCUGAAAGCAACAGCCAGCAGGUCAUCAGCACUAAUGAAGCAGGCUGCCCUGACUCCAGAAAAAGUUUCCACCCUCAGGUCCGCUGGUUCCAGACAUCUGACUCUGCGAUCGUAACCAUGAAACUGAUGAACCCGGAGAGUCAGCGCUGUGACUUCUCCCCCGACAGAGUCGUCUACAGUGGCAGAGUGAACGGUCGGAGCUACAGAGCCGACCUGGAGCUCCACGGCAACAUCGCUGCUGACCGCUGCUGCUGGGAAAUAAAAUCCAAUGAGCCAGUCCUCAAACUGGUCAAACAGCAGCAGGGACACUGGGAGAGACUUACCAGGAACAAGAAUAUAUUUGUGAGCUACGACAUGGAGCACUUGGAAGAGGAUGAAGACGCAAUCCCGAAUGGUCCGAGGUUUGUGGAAAACACAGGAGGAGAGGGGAACUGGUACGUGAACUCAGAGAGCGGCAGCGAGAGCGACUAAAAGACACGCUUAACAAAACACCUCAUCUCUCCCUGAGACUCCCGUCAUCAAUUAUGAUCCAAGGAUCACAAGAAUGCUGUCAUCUGUUGUCAGAAGCGUACAACAACACAACCUGCAGCCUCCAAAAUGACUUUAUCUUGGCCUCAGUUUGUCUAAAUAACGUUAGUUCAGCGACCAAUCAAAUCCUGACUUGUGCAAUAUUCACAGAUUUUUCAUAUUAGUUUCCCCUAAAAACUGUUCGUGAACUUUGUCAUAUUGAUUUGUCGUUGAAUCACAGUGGAAUUUAAUGUUGAAGUGAUUCUCUAAGAAUGAACCUUGUACAAGCGCAAAAAAAGCUACAGCUCGAUAUCGUAUUUACUCUAACGUGUUUUCUAGAUUCAUUACACACAGUGAAACAUUUCAAGCCUGAUUUUUUUAUUAUUUUUUAUUUUUACAUCUUACAGCUCAUGAACUCAAAACUCCGGUAUCGCAUAUUUUUAGAACAGAAAUGUCGACCUGUGAAAAGCUUGCAUCAGUUCAUAAACUCCAAACACCUGGAACCGUUUCCUUGAGUCUGGGUCUGGUGCUCACAAUCUUCACAAGUUUUGAGAUGCACCUGUACAAAACACAGCCAGAGCACAAGUAUUCAUCGCCUUCAAGUUGGUAUGCAUCUCCUUUAAGUCUGCUGUGCUCUUGGCUCGCCGUUUAUAAAUCACUUGGUAGUGUCUCCUCCUGAAGAUCCCCUAAAUACUUGAUUGAACCAGACUUGGGGCCCCACAAACAGCAAGAGGGCACUUAUGUUUUACUACCCGCCUGACACACAGCGUGUGCACAAAAGGAAAAUAUAUUCCCUGGGAAAUACUUUUAUUAUCAGUAUAGCCUCUUUGUCUGUACAACAUACCAACUCCCCCCGUUUUUAGAUAAAAUUUAUUACUUUCAAAUUUUCAUUUUUAUAAAAGCAGAAAUGCAAAAAACUUUACUUGUUACAGAUUCACAAAUGCGAGUAUUUGAGUCCAUUUCCUAAAAUGUCAUCCAGCUCUUAGUCGUGUCUUCAGUACUGACUGACUGGCGGGGGUGUUCCCAGCUAUUUAACCUCUGUGGGGUCGUUACCGAGGUGAUGGAUACGGCCUGGUUCGUUAGUGCUCUUCUUGACUGUUGUGACAGCAUCGUGGAUCAGAGGCCAAACGUCUUCGAGUAUCUUCAACCGAGUCCCGUUGCUUCGAUUUUAACCUUCCUUUGAUAUUUCCCAAAAUGUCAACCAAUCCCUGGAGAGGAAAUGUUCCGCUCUGAGAAGGGGCCGCUCAUUUAGCCCCCCUGGAAAAGCAAUAGCUAAGGUUUAGACCUGCAGAUGUCCAAUACUAUACAGCUGCAGUACCGGGGAGGAACCCCGCAGUCCAGGGACCAUAGUUUCUACUACUCUCAGAUGUAGAACUCCCUCUAUCCUUAGAUUCGAUUCCUUCGAUUCACAUAAAGUUCAUAUAUUUGAGUCACAAGCUGCAGCGCUUCACAACCGGUCAAAUGUAACGGGGAAAUUAAUAAGUUGUUAGGGAUUUGUUUCUUCAAGAUGUCCAAAUAAGACGUGACAAAUCGGAGGGGAGUGAAUGCUCUUUACAUCCACUGUGUACACAUGUUUGAUUAUUAAUUGAUAAAAAUGGUAUUGCUAAUAACAUUUGUCCUGAUGCUGUAAUAUUUACACCGCUGGCUGAUGAUGGAAUCAAUCUGGCUCCAAAAAAAAGGUGGACUUGCUUUUGUAGAAAAUCCUCAAAACUCUCAGCUGGAUGGAAAGACCAAUUAAUGCAGACUUGAGAUUUAAAGGAAGCUACUUAUUUUAAGAUGCAGCUGAAAAUGUUCCAAUUUAAAGCAGAAUUUUUAUCUUAAAAUAACAGCUUCAAAGUCUCUUGAACGGCGUAAUUCUUUAUGGCACCACAUCACACACCAACCGGACUCCUCAGCAUGCUGGCUUUAAGAGGCAGGCAUCAGGCAGCUGUCCUUAUUUACCACAGCAGUGAAGUACUCACAAAAACAUUUAAGUUGCACUUUUAAUUAAUGCUGUGAACCGUUUUGGAGGCUGUGUGAUUUGUUGUUGUACUUGUGGUUGCUGUAAUGUUGAGUGGAUGUCCAAGCCAUGUGUUUAGCUGAAGAGGCUGGGAUGGUCCUGUGUCACUACAUCGGACUGUUUGCGCUCACUCUUUUCCUUUCUACUCCCGGCCUAGCGAAAAAAACUUAAAUUGAAACAUGUUCAGAAAGUUUAUAUUGAUGAUAAAACCUGCAGAUCUGAGAAGGUUCAGGAACUUAUUUUCACAGUAACUGUAUGUUUUCUGUUAAAGAAAUUUCUGCUCUGUGAUACUUGUUUUUUACUUUUAUAGUUUAAUAAUAUUCUUGUUUUUGUCGUUAAGAGCUUCAACUGUUUUAUUGUAAUUUGGGGUUUUUUGGCCACAGAGUUUGUUGCCAAAUAUUUACCCUCAAGACUUUCUUUUCUCCUAAACUUGACCAAGUAGUUUUGGUGACUAAACCUAACCAGCCAGUAGCUUCCUGGCAGAAAGCCCUGAGGGAAGACGUUUCCCCAUGUGCAGAGUUUUGAAGUUAGUUCUUGAACCACAAAAUCUUAUGAAAGUUGGAUCAUUUGAAUUGUUACCCCAGAGAGGAGGAUGCUGUUUCCUGUCACAAACAGUGCAGUGUUGUAUUUUUGAGUUAUAUCACUAGUGGCCAUAAAAAAAUUUUUUCCUUGGAACCAAAUAUUAAAAUUAAAUGUGUACCAGACACCCAAACUCACGAUUGCAUAACUUAUAACAGAAUCAGGUGACGUGUCACAAACUUGAAACAUUUUAAAACUAACAUUUCUCACCAACUACUAGAGUGAAAAUCCACACUGAGAUGUCAGAAUUAAAAUAUCUGCAGCCAUUAGUUUCAACCUCUAAGCACUUCAUAAAGGGCACCUUACUGGAAAUUGGUGCCUGUUUAUAUUUAAGACAUUCAAAGUGGUACAAACACUUUAAAGUGACAGAAUUGAUUUGUUGAUAAAUAAUUCUGAGUUUUAGUUGAGAUCACUAGUUUCUAAACGGUUUCUGUCACUUCUAUUGAUUUAAAGUUUUACUCUUGACAUACAAAGUCUCCGAGAGGCCAGAUCAGUACUCGUUUGUUUAAUAGCAAUUAAAAAAUUUAUAGAGCACUUUUCAAAACAGAGUUACAAAGUACUUUACAUGGUUGAACCAGGAUUAAAACAUUUCUGGAGGCAGUGAAUAGAUGCUGAAUAUUAUAGAAAUUACUAUCUGUUGGGUUAAAGUGCCGUUUACUGUUUGUUUCAACUGAAGUUGUUGGUUACUAGACUGUAAACUGUCAGUGCUGAAGACUUUGGAGACGUUUUACAGGCUCAUGUUUGUGUUCAACAGGUAAAUUAAUUGUUGUGGUGUAAGGCCCCGUCCACACUACUGCGUUUUCUUUUUAAAACGGACCUUUUGCUACGUCUGCUCCUCCCGUCCAGACAAAAACGGCAAACGAAGACCUAAAACGGAGAAGUUUGGAAACGCUGCCGACCCAGAUUUUCGUUUCGAAACUCCGGAGGGCGUUUUAGUGAAGACGGGCAAAAACGGAGGACUUUAGAAGUAUGAUGCUCACGCUCGGCUCUCUGAUUGGGUCUCAUUAGUCAUGCGAAGCGAAACACGAUGCUACUGACAGUUUCUGACAAAGUAUUUUUAUUAAAAUAUUUUGUACCCUGCAAAUAACGCUUUCCUGCCGACACUUGUAGGCUACUGCGCAUGUCACCAUUUACUUUGUGAAAACUCCCAGUCUGUUUUCUGCUGCCACAGUCACUUUUAACUCCCGUGUUACAUUUAGUAACUGUCCCAGCUCGUUAUUGGUCCAUGCAAAAAAAAUCUGGUCUGAUUCUUCCACUGUGUUACUUUAUUCUUUCGCCAAAUCUUCUGUUACUACGGAGUAGACCAUCUGUUUCAUGUUUACAGCGGCACGUGAACGGCCACUAGAUGGGGUCUUAGACUAAACGGAGGGUGUUUUCAUGUGUUUAAUUUGACCAGUUUUCCCACAGCUGAGUGUGAGUCUGCUUUGCUUUACUUGCUCUGUAAUCAUUUUACUUAACGUUAAGUUGUAAAUCCAAUAAAACAAGGAAGUUGUUUGUUCAGUUAAUCCACA